GAAGCAGAGGGAGGAGUUACACGUGAAAGCAAAUAUAGCUCGCCAUGUCUCAGUGACUUUUGCAAGUUUUGCCUCCAGCAGAGGAGACGCAGGCGCCGACACUAUCAAAAGAUGUGGUGGGUAGUUGCUUACUGCACCGGUGGAGCAGUUCUACUGUACGCUUUAUAUCGAUGGGUGAUCCCCAGUGUUGUGCAGUAUCAUGGAGGCAUGGCGAUCAUCUGGCAUGAUGUCAUUGUGGAGCGGAUCCUGGACACGCUCACCCAGUCAACACGUCCUCAGCGGCUCCUGGCAGCAGUACAUAAAAAGGCCACCAGAGGGGACCCUCGCAGCGUCGUCAAAGUCAUUGAUGAAUUCUGCAACCACAACGAAUGGGCUAUGAAUGUAGGCGAUGAGAAAGGUUGCAUUCUUGACUCUGUGGUGUCUGAGGCCAAUCCUGUUCAUGUGCUUGAGCUGGGCACCUACUGUGGCUACUCCGCAGUUCGCAUUGCCAGUUUGCUCCCACCUCAUGCUAAACUCAUCACACUUGAAUUUAACCCGGCUUACGCUGCCAUUGCUCGGCAAGUCAUCACAUGGGCAGGUGUUGGUGAUAAGGUACACUUAAUUGAAGGAGAAUCUGGCGAAUGGAUUCCAAAAUUGAAGGAGCAAUAUGGAGUAAAAACAUUCGACUUGGUUUUCUUGGAUCACUGGAAGAAUCGUUACCUAAUCGACACCAAACUGAUGGAGGAUUGCGGCCUCCUUAGAAAAGGGAGCAUCCUUCUGGCUGAUAAUGUCACUUGUCCCGGCACGCCAGACUACCUAGAGUACAUCCGGAACAGCCCACGGUAUAAAAGCCAAUACUUCAAAUCUCACUUGGAGUAUACAAAAGCGGAGGAUGGACUGGAGAAGUCAGUCUUCUUAGGGUAGCUUGUGACAAAUUUGUAUACAAUCAUUACGGGGUUCUGUGGUUUAUGAGGAAGUUCAUAUUGCAGAGAUAUAACCCAAAUUAGAUAUAAGUUGGAUGAUGUCGUUAACUACUACUAAUUCUGUAGUAGGCUAUAAAAUAAUCAUAGUGGUCAUGACUUCGUGUGAAAUGUGACCAAGGCUGUAAACAUUCCGUCUAUUCGAAUGACUGAACAGUGUUAACGCAGUUUUUGUAAUAUAUCAUACCCCAGAAAAUAGGAAUAAAGAGGGAAAAAAAUCAUACCAAAGGUGUAAGUGGUUUCUUUGUAAUAUGAGAUGCUGAAAGUUGUAAAAAAAAAAAAAAAAAAAAAUUGUACGUCUGACAUUUUAUUCAAGCUUCUGUUAUCAUGAAAGCCACCAAGAUGCACCCUAAAUCUGCCUAGAUACAGAUAGCUACUAGCUGCAGUCUGACUUUUUAUGCUUGUGCUGUCUAAAUUAGAUGGUGAUGGGAUGUAGUCAAAUGGUACUGUACUUGUAGAGUCUUUAAGAACCUGUGUUUUAUUUUAGUUGAAGGCAUAGGCGGAGUUUGACUUUUGGGGCAGGGGGGACACAACAUGUUGAUGACCCCGAAAGGCAGUGUCAGCAAUAAAAUUAACUUACAAGAAUAUUUAUAAUAAUAAGCUGACAAUGAGCGUUUUUUGUUGCCCAUCAUUCUUGAGGAGAAUUCUAAAUCAGGCUGCUUAGGCAAUACUUUUCACCAAUAUUAUCAUCCAUUGAAUAUGGUACGCCCACCGGUGUCGUGCCAAUGUAGUUACCCAAGUCAAAAAUUGUAUCCCCUGGGCAGAGCCAUAUGGAGUUAGAUUUUUGUCUUUAUUAUACAAAUAAAAAAAGUUGCUUCAAUUUAAAAAAAAAAAAAAAAAAAGGUUUUUCAAUCAAAAUAUAUAUUUUCA